AUGGGGACUCAGCGGAGAAUGGGCUCACCCCGACUACCGGUCUCUACUCUCUCCAGCCCCCUCUACCAGCGCAUGCUCCAGCUGAAGACCCUGAGCUCCCUCCGCCAACGAGGGACCGAGCUGAGGGAGUUUGCCGGGGAGUUUAAGAAGGCUGAAUUCACCUCUCUGCCUGUAGGGGCGCUGUUGACUGCUGAGCAUGUGAAGGGCAGCAUCAAUCUCUCUGUGGAGGAGGGCAAAGACACCAUGCUCCAUGUCUCUGAUAAGGUGCAGUUCAGUGACGUGAACUCCAUCACGCGUUAUCUUGCCCGAGUGGCUCCGGCGUUGGGACUCUAUGGUUCUAACAUGAUGGAGCAAACUGAGGUUGAUCACUGGUUGGAGUUCAGUGCCCGGCGUCUCUGUGGUCAGUCAGAUCUCUCUUCUGCUCUGGGUGAUCUGGAUAAAGCUCUGGCACUGAGAACCUUCCUGGUGGGUCACAGUGUGACCCUGGCUGACCUCUGCGUCUGGGCUGCUCUCAAAGGAAAUGGCGAGUCACAGGCCAAGCCAAACUCCUACCCUCAUCUGUGCCGCUGGUUUUCGUUCCUGAGCUCUCAGGUGCCAUUCAGCUCAGUGGGCAGCAAAUGGGCCAGCAAGAUCUCUGCCAUCAAAGCCACUCCUGUGGAGAAGGAAAAAAAGCAGGAUUUGGGAAAGUUUGUGGAGCUCCCUGGUGCUGAGAUGGGCAAAGUAGUGGUGCGUUUCCCCCCUGAGGCUAGUGGAUACCUGCACAUCGGUCAUGCCAAGGCAGCUCUACUCAAUCAGCACUACCAGGUCAAUUUCAAGGGCAAGCUCAUCAUGCGUUUUGAUGACACCAAUCCUGAGAAAGAGAAAGAGGACUUUGAGAAGGUCAUCUUGGAGGAUGUGGCCAUGCUACAGAUCAAACCGGACCAGUUCACCUACACAAGUGAUCACUUUCCCACCAUCCUGCGCAUGGGAGAGAAGCUUCUACAGGAGGGCAAGGCCUAUAUAGACGACACUCCUCCAGACGCCAUGAAACAAGAAAGAGAGCAAAGGGUGGAGUCUCGCAACCGCAGCAACUCUGUGGAGAAGAACAUACAGAUGUGGGAGGAGAUGAAGAAGGGCACAGAGUUUGGCCAGACCUGCUGCAUGAGAGCCAAGAUCGACAUGAAUUCCAACAACGGCUGCCUGCGUGACCCCACACUGUUCCGCUGCAAGAGCGCUCCUCAUCCUCGCACCGGCAAUACUUACAAAGUGUAUCCCACAUAUGAUUUUGCGUGCCCCAUUGUGGACAGCGUUGAGGGGGUCACGCAUGCCUUACGUACCACUGAGUAUCACGACAGAGAUGAGCAGUUCUACUGGGUAAUAGAUGCCCUUGGUUUGCGUAAACCGUACGUCUGGGAAUAUGCCAGACUCAAUCUUAACAACACUUUGCUCUCCAAGAGGAAGCUCACCUGGUUUGUCGACCAGGGCUAUGUGGAUGGCUGGGAUGACCCUCGUUUCCCCACAGUCAGAGGUGUGCUGCGUAGAGGAAUGACUGUCGAGGGACUCAAACAAUUUAUUUCUGCUCAGCUUGAAAGUUUUGGUGAAUUGGACUUUCAGUGGAGCUUCUGGCAGAUUCUCUAG